GUUGUCAUUCUAACAUUUUGAAGCUCGUACUCGUUGACCCGGAAGUAGCUCAAUACACGCGAGUGUGGUUGAAUCGUAGUACUACAGAGGCAACCCGUGGAGACUAGCGGGAUACGAGCUGAGGAAACUGUUUAGAAAUCAGCAACCAUGAGUCUGUUAACAAAGCCUAAGUCAGAGAUGACCCCCGAGGAGCUCCAGAAACGAGAGGAGGAGGAGUUCAACACCGGCCCUUUGUCUGUGCUCACCCAGUCUGUCAAGAACAACACACAGGUCCUCAUCAACUGUCGCAACAACAAGAAGCUGCUUGGAAGAGUCAAGGCUUUUGACAGACACUGCAACAUGGUCUUAGAGAAUGUGAAGGAGAUGUGGACGGAGGUUCCCAAGAGCGGGAAGGGAAAGAAGAAGUCUAAGCCUGUGAAUAAGGACCGCUACAUUUCUAAAAUGUUCCUCAGAGGGGACUCUGUCAUUGUUGUGCUGAGAAAUCCUCUGAUCACAGGAAAAUGAACUCUUUAAAGGCUCACAGCGGAACCACUCUCGGCGCCUUUUUUUUUUUUUUUUUUUUUUGGGAUUGUCAAUGUAAAGUUGAGGCACCAGUAUCGGCAGACAACACUUUAUUACACUGUAUUUUGGCACAACUGGUAACAUUUUUUUGGGAUCUACAGUAAUC